AUGGGCUCCAUCAAUAAGCAGAUCUCACGUUACGACUUCACAGCUGUUUAUACACAUCCCGAUGCCAAGGUCGACGUCGUCCUCAUCCACGGCCUGAAUGGCGACCCGCAAAGGUCGUGGACGGCCAAGAACGGCUUGUUCUGGCCCACUGACCUGCUUCCAGCGUCGCUCAGGACGGCGCACGCGAACGUGCUGGUGUACGGCUACAACGCCGACGUCUACUCCAGCCGAAACGACAGGAGUGCCAGUAACAAUUUUAUCCAUCAUCAUGCCCAAACUCUGGUCACGUCUCUCACCCAUUACAGAAAGAGUGAAGACUCGAUGCAGAACCCUAUAAUAUGGGUUGCCCACAGUCUCGGGGGGGUCCUGACAAAGUGUGCUCUUCUGUACUCGAACGACCUUCGAGAUGACCACCACCAAGACUACCGCUCGAUAUUUGUAUCGACCUACGCCAUCAUCUUCCUCGGCACGCCGCACACGGGAACGGACAUCGCAACGUGGGGUCAUGUGCUGCAGUCCAUGUCGGACGCCGUCAUACCGAAGAAGUUCUUCGAGUCCGAGCCUGUACUUCUGAGGACGCUCAAGAAGGAUAACGAGACUUUGCAAAACAUUAACAACCACUUUCUCGACAUUUACCAGCGCUUUAUGAUCCACAUGGCUCACGAGAACCACAAGACUGAUGUCAGGGGGGCCAAAUUCGUCGUUGUUGAUUCCAACUCCGCAAGCCCCCAACUACCCGGGGUUACUUACUAUGGGAUCGAGGCGACGCACUCGGGCAUGUGCAAAUUUGACAGCGUCAACGCUCCCGGUUACCGUAUUGUGGCCACUGCUAUCAGGGAGUGGGUGCUAGAAGCUCCCCCCGUCAUUCAGGUUAGAUGGCUGGUUGAGCUCGACGAUCGUGACGCGCGGGCAAGGCUAGAAGUUAGUGAGCGGAGGAUUAGGCACCUUGGGUCCCCGACUGCAGCACAAACUCAAGAAAUUGUUCAACAUAAUAAUGAGACAACCGUGCCACCCAAGGAAACUCCAGAACUCCCUGAGCCAGAGCCUAUACCACCACCCCUAUAUGAACCGAGCCAGUCUGAGGAAUUCGAGUCGAGCCGCAAGGACGAGCCACUCUUCAUCCGCCCAGAGUCGUUCCGGCCAAAUUCGUACUUUAUUGGUCGAGAGCAAGAACUUAAAAGCCUGCACAAGAUGCUCAUGGACCGGAAGCGGAGGUCGGAAGGCACAUCGGCUGUGUUGAUCCAAUGCCUUCCCGGAGGGGGAAAGACGCACCUCGCCCGGCAAUACGUGUUCCAGUAUAGAGACCACUAUCCGGGAGGUGUGUAUUGGGUGCGGGCAAAGUCGCAGCAGGAGAUGGAAUAUUGGUACUGGCGAAUUGCCAAGAACGAGGCUCUAAAGGGGCUGGUCGCCCAAGAAGACGUGCAAGAACUCCGGAACCCGAGGAAGAUUGUCGCCAUCGUGCGCAAAUGGCUCAACGGCCUCGAGAACUGGCUGCUAGUGCUGGACGGCAUCCACUUCGAUACGCCGGGUCUACACGAGUUCAUACCGGACGCCAAGAACACGAGCCUGAUAUUCACGUCGACGGAGCGGGCCGUCACUGGCGACUACCAGUUCGAUAACCCGCAAGUCAUGGAGCUGGGCCUGCUCCCGGCACAGGAAGCCCACGAGCUCCUGCUUCUCGAGAUGGACAAGAAGAAACCCUGGACUCAGGACGACCGGGCUCGAACCCUCGAGCUGGUGCAGCUGAUGGGGCGCCUACCCCUGAUGAUCCACGUCGUUGCGCAGCAGCUGAAGGCGACAAGGGAGCCCCUGUCCAAGUACUUGCGAUCCUACAAGAAUCGGCCGAAAGCGGGCAGUCUCCCGGCUUACAAGGCGGUUCGAGACCAGCUGCAGCACCGUGGCGCGACUGCGGCCUUGAAUUUGAUGUCGGUGGUCGUCUUCUUUGACCAGCAUGUGCCGGUGGAGAUGCUUACAUUAGGUCUGCCCGCCCUGGAUAAUCGGACGCCCGUCAAGACGUGCGACCCGUUUCAUCGAAAGGCCAACCUAAACAACACACUUGCAGUCUUGAUCGCCUUCGCUCUGGUCGAGCGGAGUGAGAGCGAUGAUAUCUCGCCAAAUAGCUCUCGCAGCUCUAGGAAAAGCUUCGACAAGAACGCCGACUAUUUCGACCUGCUGCGGAUCCAUAGUGUAGUUCAAGCCUUCUUCAUCGAUACCCUCACCGAAGGGAAGGAGGUCCACUUCUGGCUGGAGCGCGCGGGAGCUGUUUGGUGCCACUCAUUCGACCGGGCGGAUCAGAAGAUCAGGGAGGAUUCAAAGGUGGGACUUCCCGACGAUUACCGACGAUACGCUAUUCACGGACGAAGGCUUGUAGAGCAUUUGAGCAGGUUUGAAAAGAAAUCCCCAGAGUUUCUGGGUCGGACUAGAGAUCAGAUCGAGCGGCGCCUGAAGAAGAUAGACAAGGAGAUCGACCAGCUGUCUCACACCAUACAGACUCACAUCAUAGACGGAUCAGGAGAGGUGCCUCCGGCAUCCGUGUUUGAACGGACCAACAGUUCUUCGGAAAGCGAUUCUAUGACGCCGCCGAGUCAUAGUGGCACCGACGAGCUCGGGCCCUUGCUGGAUGAUGAGCAGCAGCUUCUUUCGCCUCUGCCCUACGACUCAGGCUACGUGCAUAACCCUUACCACUGGCAUGUCCCUUACCCUCACAGGCCGACAAUGCCUCCCACGCCGGAACCGGACGACGAUGAUGACGAUGCCCGGACUAUUGUUGGAUCUCGGGGUAGGUACGGAGGGGUUUCUACGCCCACGAACAGGCCAAGCUUCGAGCCUCUUGGGCUCGAUACGGGGUAUCUAGAGCCCCCUCAGGCCUACUCGGAUUGGGGGCUUGCAGCAGUCCAUCGCAGGCUUGCAAGAGGAGUUGAGGAUUGCCGAUACCAUGAGCGUGCGGGUGCUUGGAGAGACAGCACGGUCAGCGACCCUCGAGUCAGCAUCAGCCGGGAGAUUGCAAAGGGCUCAAUCUCCGGCAUCAGGGGCGGCUCCAAAUCUCCAAGUGGCCGGAGCAGGGUGACUGCAGAGAGUGAAGCAGAGCUCCAUCUCCACAAGAUCAGGACUGCAUCGCCGCCCUCGCCUCUGGGUAUCGGUGGAGGAGGCUACUUCGAGAAUGCGGGAAACCCGAAUCCUGGGUCUCGUCCCAGACCGCGGUUGAUCAUGGGAGCCAACUGCUACGCUGAUCCGUUUGCGACCAAGACGCCCGAGAACGAGUAUUCGAUAUCGCCAGCCGAGUUUUCCACCAGUCUAGCCAAGAUCGCCGCGGCGCCGUCAACCUGGACUGCGGCGACCAUGAAACGAUUGAAGGAAAAUCUGAAGUCGCCGCGGAGCGUCUCGGACGAUCAAGCCUCGGCAGUGGCAGCCACCAGUAGCAAUAGCCACGAAGCUGGGGAAUUAGGACCCGGUGAUAAACCCCACCUCUCACCCCGAUCACUAUUCCGCGGUUCCCGCUCGUCGAACUCGAGCCCGGGUAGCCGUUCCCCACCGUUCCCUAAGCCGCUCCCCAUCGACGUUAGUAGCGCCACUGCCGCUCGCCAUAGCAUGCCCGCCACGGUCCGCCACUGGGAGACACACGCAUACCACCCGGGUCUCGAGCGGCUCGCCUCGUCCAGCUCGAGCUACCCGGGCGACCCCAUGUCCCUCUCCUUCCCCCUCCCCUUCCCGCAGCGCGACCUCCCCACCGCCAUUGCCCUCCACCCACCGCCGACCACCACCACCACCCAACAACCCUGGAUCCACAUCCCGGGCGGCUACACCUCCCGACCCGCAACCCGGGACCCCUCCCACAAAUCCUCAUCCCCGCCCAACCGCCGCCCCAGCUCCGCCAGCCCGCGAACCCACUCCCCCCUGGCCGACACCCCGCCGACACCCGGCACUCGACUAGGCCUCCUCUUUGGGCCCCGCAGCCGCCGCAGCCGCCGCACUCGCACCCGCACCCGUAGCCACGCGUCCGACACCGAGUCUGACGGCCCAUCUCCUCCUCCGUCACCUCCAGUCGCCGGCGCCGCGGGGAAGGGGCGAUCCCUGCCCCUGUCCCUGUCGCAGUCCCUUUCACCGACGCCGUCGCCGUCGCGGGGGAUGGGGCUGGGGUGGGGCUGGACGCGGGGCCGCGCGGCGGGUCCGGGGCGGUGGAUCCAGCAGCGGCCGGCGAGUGUCGUCUCCGGGGCUGUCGGCACGGCGGCGGAGACGAUGUUUGCGAGGUCGGAGCCCGGCCCGGGGUCUGGGUCGGGGGGCUUUGUGCUGCCGGAUGGGAGGGUCGUCGGGUUUGGGGAUGUCGUUGUGCCGGCUCCGGCGCCGGUGGGGAGGCAGAGGCUUGUUAAGAGGGCUGUUUGGUUGGGCGGGAGGGGGAGGGAACGGGGACGGGGACGGGGACGGGGACGGGGACGGGGAGAGGGUGAGGACGAUGCUUGGGGGCUAGGGGAGGACGGUCAUGGUUUGGGGUUGGGAAUCCAGCAAGGGUAG